GCCUCGUUACGCAAUCGGAAGUGAACCUCACUAUCGAUACUGCUGCUUUGGGGAUCUUCGGUGCGGCGAAGCAAGCUAGCAAGAGGAGGACGGAAGAGGAUACAGCCCACGCUCCAUUCCUCUUCCUCCUGGCAAAAUAUCCGCACGAGUCCUACCGCGUGCGGCGGCCGGAAGGAAUUCGCUCGGAUUGAGCGCUCCACCGCUGGGAUCCCGCCGUUGUUCGCGCGAGAAUCCACGUCUACCGGGGCUGCGAUCCUCGCAUCGCGGCUUCCCGUCACAUCUUGACCGAGGAAUUUCUGUGGAGCCGCCGUGGAGUCACCGGAGGCUUCUUCUGCGGUGUCCAGGGCGGCUGGGUCGUGUCCCGUUCGGGGUUGAUGCGCGGCGUCUCCGGCGCCACUGCUGCGACGUACGGCCAGACUGGUGCUUCAGAUCGCGGAGCCGGCCCGGGGUUGUCCUUCCACUUGCUGUGGCUGUGGUUGGGGAUCGGUGGUGGGGAGUAAGGCCUGGGGAGUGAGCAGAUGGAAGAGGACUGUACUUUACUAUUCUCGCUACCACUUGGAUUUCGCUCCAGUUAGAGAGUAGAUUAGCCUUAUCUUGCUUGCCGAUCAGAGCUUAGAGUGGUCUGGUCGUGCUCGCCGGAGCAGGUUCUUGGUGGUUUUUGGGAGCAGUUGCUCAAUCGCUGCAAGCAGAAGCAUAAUCGGGAGUUGGUUUGUCUGAGGAACCAGUCUGUGUGUGGUGGAAUCGCGCAAAUCCAGCUUUGCAGGGUUGCUGCAGCUGGAUAUGGUGCAUGCGAAAGAAUCUGGAGAGCUUGUUCGAUUGCUUUGCGUCACACAAUGUCUCGGUGCUUCCCAUUCCCGCCUCCCGGGUAUGAGGCAAAGCCCAGGAGUGAGCAUAAGGAUCUGCUAAAGAAGGAAAAUCACAAGGCAAAGAAGCACAAAAAGGAAAACACGGAUGUGGGCAAAAGAGAAAGAAAAGAAAAGGAUCGUGGUUAUAGGAAAGAUAAGCACAAGAAGAAACACAAAAGAGAGAAGCACAAAGAUAGGAGAGGGAAGAAAGAAAGAGAUAAAGACAAAAGACAAAAUUUGGAACUGGGAACCCAGAAGAAGGAUGAUCUUGACAAUAGAAGACCCAAACAAUUAGUGCAUAAUGAAGCAGUCAAAUAUAGCAAACAUAAAGAUGACUUGGCUACCCAAAUCACAGGCCAAGAAGGUCAUGCAAACCACACCAGGAGUAAUACUGGCAAGUUGCUUCCUCGAAGCAUCGAGUCCUUUGGUGUUGUAGGUUCUAAAGAGAAGGAAAGAACUUCUAUCAGUAGAGUGAAUGGGAAAUCCAGGCAAAUUGCUCAGCACAAUCAUGCCAGUGAAAAGGGAAAGAAUAAAACUAGAAUCUUGAGUGGUACGAGCCUUCAACUUGGGUCAGCUGAAAAACGUUCUACCAGAAUACAUGGUAGUAGUGGAGUGCGCCUGCAACAGGAUAGCUCUAAAGGUAUAUUUGUUACUACCACAGCCUCUCAACAGAAGUGCAGAAUUACACCGAGUGCAAAUGUUGCGCAGAGAACUGAACAAGUGGACCAACAUCCAGAUGGUUCUUCUCAUUCUGCAUAUGGAAAAAGUGACAGCGUGAGCACCAAGUGGAUGGCAGAGAAUAAAAAAGGGAAUGCUGACAAUUUUCAUUUCGGGAUGGAUAAGCAAUCGGCAAGAGGCAAAAGUGGAGCAGAUCAAGGGAGUGCAAAGAUUAAGGAGGCAAAAGCUAAUCAUCAGAAGAGUGUUAAAGAUGGAGAUAAAAGGCAUGGUGUAAAUCAGAAGGUUGUUAAAGACAGAGAUAGAGAUUGCAAUGUAAAGAAAAGAAAGGCUAAAGAUGGUAAUGAAGGCAAAACGAGGGAGAAAAGAAGUGCUAUAGAUGAGCAGAAACACAGAGAGCUUGACGGAGAUGGGGCAAGCAACAACUAUAUUCAUGAUCUAAUGUACUUGGCUCAUCUUAAUGGGAACAAGUUCACUUCUGAUGAUGUCAAGAAAAGGAAAGGCUUAAACGCUAACAGUUCUCUACAUGAUCAUCAUAGUAUGCCAUUGACUAAGAUGCCAAGGACGUCUCCUGCAAAUCAUCUUUGUGUGAAUGGGGAAAUCUUGAAGCAUUCUCACGGAACUGCACCUACAUUACCAGCGGGCACAAAUCCUCGUGAGGCAGGCAGGCUUGAAGAUAGCAAGGACUGCACCAAAAAUGGCAUGACCGGACUCCUCUACCUAGAGGAACACAAUUCUGCAGUCUCUCCAUCCAGCUAUGGCAGCAGUGAAGUCUCUCUGGCACCAGCUCACCCUGAUACCAAGUAUCUGAGCCAAGUGUACUCCGUACCAGCGGCUGACGACCGCUCAGAGUACAUUGAUCAAGACUGGUUGUUUUCUGGAGACCGUGUUCACCAGAAAACAACGAUGUUUGAGGCCGCAGAAGCACCCCAGGUCUGGGCUGAAGCACAGCUGAUCGAUUCUGCUGAUGUAGUUGCUCUGCCUUAUGUUGUUCCUUUGUAAUGUGAAACUCCUCCAUUAUGCGCACAUGAGACGGCUUUCAUAGUUUUGGGCUAUGAUCAGGAAGCGCAGAAGAUACGAUUCACUUAUUUGUUUUGCUGUCAUGCCAGCAUGGUUUUGGUGACGAGAUUUCUGGCCACUAAACUGCCAGUGACACCAGUUGAGGGUUUUGUUAUCUGUAAGGUUGUGCUGCAUAUCAGAUGAUACGACGGCCGACGGGCACACUUGAGAUUCUGUACAUGAAGCGAUUGGAUUCAGCGGCAAGUGUUGCUCCUGCUGUACCACCAGACAGUAUGGCGUUUUUCUUUCUUUUGCGAAACACAGUUUUGGCGUUGUAUUUGUAAAAAAUUCACGAAAGAAAUGUUUACAGGCCAAGGAACUCGAAACACGAAAAAUGAAGUGUCCCUGUGUGGCCUGUGUUUGAACAA